AUGUAUGCCCGAACUGCUGUGUUGGGGUCACCAAUGCAGCUAACUGUAACCUAUCUGACUCUUCUCCCUCAGUGGUAUAAUAGAAUACGAAGUGGAAGCGCACCAGUAGAAUUUCAAUUGGUAGAAGACGAAGUUGUAAAUAUUGAUGACUUAAUUAAUUAUGGCCAAGAACAUUAUAAUUGGAACUCGGAAGAGGUUCCAGAAUAUAUCGACAAUUUGGUAAAAAUUAUCUGGAAAUUACAUGCUAGAGUAUUUCGUGCACAAAAGAACUUAACUAACAUUAUGAACCAAAUGUAUGUCUGGGCAAUGAUGCCAGUUAUUUAUCGCAAAGACGCGAAAGAUGAAAAUUUGUUAUCACUCGCUGACAAGGACGAUAAAUUCGCGGAAAGAUUUAUGGAAAUUGAAGCAACAGCUGAACAACUCGACCAAGUAUUAAAAGAAAAUUAUAAACUGUUUUUUGACUUACUGCCAGAGAAUAUCUACGAUAAAGAAGAGUUAGAAUUAUUAGACGUUCACAAAGAAGAAGAACAGGAAACAGAAACCGAAAAAGUAGCUGGGGAAGAAGAGGAUGCCGAAGUUGUAAAGCCGGACGAGGAAAUACUCGAAGAAAUAGAGUCACCGGAAGAGCAAGUAGAAGAAGAAGAAGAAGUUGACGAGGAAACGUUAGCAAUGAGACGUGAAAAAUGGCAGCCUUAUUUAUCCUACGUUGACAAUUUAAUUUCUAAAGGUCUUAUUCAAGCUGUCUCUACAAGUAUUUGUUACAUCCUCGACGAAACUGAUCCCGAAGGUGGCAUAUUACCUUCGUUUGAAAUUCAGAUGUGUUUAGAGAAUCUUAAUAUUACUUUUCGGCCAUCAGUGGAAGUAGAUGAUCCGGAAGGUUUCUAUGUUUUUUUCGAAUCCCUUCUGCUUGAAAUGAUGAAAAUGGGUACUCUCAUACCACGUGUCGAUCCUGAAUUGCAUGAAAAUCAAGAAAAUUAUGCACUUGACGUUGCUGAGGAGGAAGGUAUUGUAUUUAUGUUAGAAGAAACUUGCAAUCGAGCAAAAUUGGCCUUGGCAGAAGUAAAAGCAAAUGCACAUAAAUACGAAAUAUAUUCGUGGUUGUGGACGGACGAUAAACAAGAAUAUUUGUCCUAUUUUUUAAGAUUUUCGCAAUAUGUAAGCCCUGAGCAAAGAGAAAUGAUCAAACAACAUCCGGAUUAUAUUCCAGACAACAUAAAAGAAAAGAAACCAAAUUUAGCAGACUUUAAACGGGAAAUCGAUUAUUUCAUGGAUCAGUAUAGUAAGUGCGAUCAACUGCCAAAUAGGGAAAUAUUUUGCCGGUGGUUGAAACUCGACAUAAAACCUUUCAAGCAAACGCUGUUGAACAUCAUUUGCAAAUGGGCAAACGUGUUGAAGGAUUAUUUGGUCAAUCAUAUUACCACCCAAUUAAAGGAUUUAUCAGAAUUUUUAAAAGCAGCGAUGGAAGACUUCUCGCGUCCUAUACAUGAAGAUGAUUAUGACGCCCUUUUAGAUACUAUAUAUUAUUUAAAGGAAGUCAGAGAUCGUCAAUACGAAAUUGAAGACAUGUUCGAUCCUAUUAAGAAAACGAUAGAAUUACUACAAAGUUAUAACGUGUAUUUAGACGAAAAGAUUUUUAAUUGGCUGGAAGAAUUACCUGUUACUUGGGAAACAUUGAAAAAAGUAGCUGCUCAAGUGAAACAUGUUGUUCAACCUUUAAUGACUCGUCAAAUCGAUCUUUUGAAGAAGAGGCUAAGUUAUUAUGAUUUUAAGCAACAGCAUUUCUUGAAUGAAUUCCAUCAAGAAAACAUUUUCAAUCCAAUUUGUGAAAAUCCUUACGAAAGUCUAAACAAUUUACGUGAAAAAUUUUUAAAAUUCUUGAGCGAAGAAAAAGAUUUACAUGAUCAGACUGCCAUUUUUGAGCAGGAAAUGCCUGAGUUUAAAAUAACAAAACAGAUACAGAAAGAGAUGCAACUUUUGAAAACUGUAUGGGAUUAUGUAAAUGUCAUUACAACUUCUCUAAAUGAGUGGAAAAAAACUACGUGGAAAAAACUAGAUGUCGAAUGGAUGGAUCAAGAAUGCAAGAAAAUUCUCAGAGAGUUAAGACAAUUGGACAAAGAUGUUCGUUCUUGGGAAUUGUACAGCAACAUCGAAGCACAAGUAAGGAACAUGAUGGCAUCAUUGAGAGCAGUCUCAGAAUUGCAGAAUCCAGCAAUUAGAGACAGACAUUGGAGAGAAUUAAUGGCGGAAACAAAGGUAGUAUUCAUCAUGACCGACACUACCACGUUGGAAGAUUUAUUAAAGUUACAAUUACAUAAGUAUGAAGAAGAAGUUAAAAAUAUUGUAGAUAAAUCAGUAAAAGAAAUGGCAAUGGAAAAGGUAUUAAAAGAACUUUACGACAUUUGGAGUACGCUUGAAUUUGGCAAAGAACUACACGAGCGUACGAAAUUAUAUAUUCUUAAAAUCGAGGAAGAAAAUAUUGAAACUCUUGAGGAUAAUCAGGUGCAGCUACAAAAUAUGUUAGGUUCGAAAUUUGUCGCAUAUUUCCUCGAUGAAAUCCUUGACUGGCAGAAAAAAUUACGUACCGCAGAUGCCGUAAUUAAUGCAUGGUUCGAGGUUCAACGAGCAUGGGGUUAUCUAGAAAGUAUUUUUAUUGGUUCCGAAGAUAUUAGGAGUCAACUUCCAGAAGAAACGAAGCGUUUUGAAAAAAUUGACAGAGAAUUUAAAGAACUACUAAGGGAAAUGUUGAGCAAUUUGAAUAUCAUAAAAGCAACCUACCGGCCUAAACUUUUAGAAAAACUUGAAGAACUGCAAAUUCAAUUAAAUGUUUGCGAGAAAGCUUUGGCAGAUUACUUGGAAACAAAGAGAUUAAUUUAUCCAAGAUUUUAUUUCAUCUCCUCGGCAGAUUUACUUGAUAUAUUAAGCAACGGAAACAAUCCCGAAUUGGUCUGCAGACAUUUGUCAAAGCUGUACGAUUCUAUUGCAAAAUUAAAAUGGAAAAUGGAUGGCGAUAAACCGACAAAACUUGCCAUAAUUAUGAUUGCCAAAGACGGUGAAAACAUGAAUAUUUAUGGCACUUGUGAUUGUAGUGGAAAGGUGGAAGUUUGGUUGAAUCAUGUAACCGAUGCAAUGAAAAGAUCGGUAAGAUACCAUAUAUCUCAGGCGGUAACUACAUACGACGAAAAGCCACGAGAACAAUGGAUUUUCGAUCAUCAAGCUCAGCCCGCGCUAUGCGGAACUCAGAUUUGGUGGACUACAGAAGUAAACAUGGCCUUUUUGAGAUUGGAGGAAGGCUUCGAGAACGCGUUCAAAGAUUAUCAGCGAAAGCAAAUUAAUCAGUUGAACGCGUUAAUAAUGCUUCUCUGCGGCGAAUUAAAUGAAAGCGACAGAAGAAAGAUUAUGACAAUUUGCACGAUCGACGUGCACGCAAGAGAUGUCGUAGCGAAAAUGAUCGCGAUGAAGGCAGACCAUUUUUCCAGUUUUCAGUGGCAAUCGCAACUUAGACACAGAUGGGACGACAAAGUUGGUGAUUGUUUCGCUGACAUUUGCGAUGCAUUCUUCAAAUACAAUUACGAAUAUUUGGGGAAUGUUCCUCGAUUGGUAAUAACACCAUUGACCGAUAGAUGUUACAUCACUUUAACGCAAUCGUUACAUCUUAUAAUGGGUGGAGCACCCGCUGGUCCAGCUGGAACUGGAAAAACAGAAACCACGAAAGAUUUAGGAAGAGCUUUGGGCCAAAUGGUUUAUGUGUUUAAUUGUUCCGAGCAAAUGGAUUACAAGUCUUGUGGAAACAUUUACAAAGGUCUUGCUCAAGUAGGAGCAUGGGGUUGUUUCGAUGAAUUCAACCGUAUUUCAGUGGAAGUGCUUUCAGUAGUGGCUGUACAAGUGAAAUCAGUUUUAGAUGGGGUAAAAACCCGUAAACCGAUAUUUUUGUUCUUUGGAGAAGAACUUAAUCUCGUUCCUACCGUUGGAAUGUUUAUCACUAUGAAUCCUGGUUAUGCCGGAAGAACAGAAUUACCUGAAAAUCUAAAAACUUUGUUCAGGCCUUGCGCCAUGGUAGUUCCAGACUUUGACUUAAUUUGCGAAAUAAUGCUGGUGGCAGAAGGCUUUCAAGAAGCUAGAUUAUUGGCAAGAAAAUUCAUAACACUGUAUCAGCUUUGUCGAGAACUUCUAUCGCAGCAGGACCACUAUGAUUGGGGUUUACGAGCAAUUAAAUCGGUUUUAGUGGUUGCUGGGAAAUUAAAGAGAGGCGAUCCUGAAAGAGCUGAGGAUCAGGUCUUAAUGAGAGCACUCAGAGAUUUCAAUAUUCCGAAAAUUGUGACGGAUGAUGUACCAGUUUUUAUGGGACUUAUUGGUGAUUUAUUUCCUGCUUUGGAUGUUCCACGAAAAAGAGAUCUUGAUUUUGAGUCAACAAUUCGUCAAUCUACUUUGGAUCUUAAAUUACAACCAGAAGAUGGUUUUAUACUAAAAGUUGUACAAUUGGAAGAAUUGCUUCAUGUUCGUCAUUCAGUUUUCAUUAUUGGCUAUGCUGGAACUGGAAAAACUGAAGUUUGGAAAACGCUUAAUCGAACGUACUUUAACCAGCAAUUAAAACCAUAUUACAACGAUUUAAAUCCAAAAGCAGUGACUAACAAUGAACUUUUUGGAGUUAUUAAUCCUGCAACACGAGAAUGGACAGACGGAUUGUUCUCCGUGAUAAUGAGAGAUCAGGCAAACAUGACGGGAAACGAUCCAAAAUGGAUCAUUUUUGACGGUGACAUAGAUCCGAUGUGGAUUGAGUCGUUGAAUACUGUAAUGGAUGACAACAAAGUAUUAACUCUGGCUAGUAACGAAAGAAUCGCUUUAACGGCACAUAUGAGACUUCUCUUCGAGAUUUCAAAUCUUAGGACAGCGACGCCAGCUACUGUUUCUAGGGCAGGAAUUCUUUAUAUAAAUCCACAAGAUAUUGGAUGGUAUCCAUUUGCAAUUAGCUGGAUAGAAACAAGAGACCCAGCUGAAAGAGCAAACUUAACCAUUCUAUUCGAUAAAUAUGUCCCAUCCCUCAUAGAAGUGACAAAAUUUAAGUUUAAAAAAAUUACACCAUUGCCAGAAAUUUGCCACGUGGAAAUGCUUUGUAAAUUACUAGAUUACUUUCUAGUCAAAGAAAAUGUGACACCGGAUUGCCCAAAGGAAUGGUAUGAAUUAUACUUUGCGUUCGCUUGUAUUUGGGCAUUUGGAUCAGCGACUUUUCAAGAUCAAUUGAUCGAUUGGCGAAAUGAGUUUAAUAAGUGGUGGCAAAACGAAUUUAAAACUAUUAAGUUUCCUGCUGGUAGCAAUGUAUUUAAUUUCUUCAUCGAAAAUGAAACAAGAAAAUUAGUUCCAUGGAGUGAGAAAAUACGGCCCUUUGAACUAGAUUCUGAUAUACCUCUUCAAUCUACUUUGGUGUCAACUGGAGAAACUGCACGUCUACACUUUUUCCUGGAUGUUUUCAUACAACAACGUGUACCAGUAAUGUUGAUAGGUGCAGCAGGAUCAGGAAAAAGCGUAAUCAUUGCCGAAAAGCUUUCAUCCCUUCCCGACACUUAUAAUAUUGCCAAUGUGCCUCUUAAUUAUUAUACUACCUCUGAAAUGCUGCAAAGGAUCAUGGAAAAACAUUUGGAGAAAAAAACUGGUAGAAAUUAUGGGCCACCCGGUAUGAAAAAAUUAAUUUAUUUUAUUGAUGAUAUGAAUAUGCCUGAAGUUGAUACCUAUGGAACUGUUCAACCCCAUACACUUAUUAGACAACAUAUUGACUACAAUCACUGGUACGAUAGAACGAAAUUAACAUUGAAAGAAAUUCAGAAUACACAAUAUAUAUCAUGUAUGAAUCCAACUGCUGGAAGUUUCACAAUUAAUCCCCGAUUACAAAGACAUUUCGCUGUUUUUGCAGUCAGUUUUCCAACCGAAGACAAUUUAGUAUUGAUCUACAGUCAAAUGCUGGAACAACAUCUAACAAAUCCUGUUAACAAAUUUAACUUAGCGCUGAUGAAAAUUUCAGAAUCAUUAUUAAACACAGCAUUGUAUUGUCACAAAAAAAUUUCAUCGACAUUCUUACCAACAGCAAUCAAAUUUCACUAUGUGUUCAAUCUACGCGAUCUUUCAAAUAUCUUUCAGGGCAUAAUUUUUGCAAAUGGUGAGACUGUGCCAACUGCAAAUCAUUUGAUCAAAUUGUACAUUCAUGAAGCAACAAGGGUGUAUUCUGAUAAAUUAAUCAGUGCUGAAGAUAAAAAAACCUUUCAGCAAUUAUUGAAGGAGUCGCUUCGCAAGAAUAUUGCUGAAAUGGAUGAGAAUAUUAUAUUUGCCGAACCAAUGAUAUACUGUCAUUUUGCGGAAGGAAUCGGUGAACCAAAAUACAUGCCAAUAAAAGAUUGGCAACACUUAACAAAAUUAUUGAAUGAAGCUUUGGUUAAUUAUAACGAACUGGUGGCGGCAAUGAAUCUGGUUUUAUUCGAAGAUGCUAUGUAUCAGAUUUGUCAGAUAAAUCGUAUUCUGGAGUCACCAAGAGGAAACGCGUUGCUUGUGGGGGUUGGAGGAAGCGGAAAGCAAUCUCUUUCUAGCCUUGCAUCAUUUAUUUCGGGUUUAGAGGUUUUUCAGAUACAAUUACGAACUGGUUAUUCGAUAUAUGAUCUAAGAGCCGAUUUAUCCAAUUUAUAUUUAAAAUCUGGAUUGAAAGGAAUUGGGAUUACUUUUGUGAUGACUGAUUCUCACGUUGCCGAUGAAAAAUUUUUAGUACUCAUGAACGAUAUGCUUGCUUUCGGCGAAAUUUCCGAAUUAUUCGCCGAUGAUGAAGUGGAUAAUAUCGUUAAUGCCUUAAGAAAUGAAGUAAGACAAACCGGUAUGAUGGAUACUAAAGAAAAUUGCUGGAAAUUUUUCAUUAAUCGAGUUCGAAAUCGAUUAAAAUGCAUUCUUUGCUUUUCUCCCGUUGGCACAACUUUAAGAACCAGGGCUAGACAGUUUCCAGCAAUUGUAAACAAUACUUCGAUCAACUGGUUUCAACCUUGGCCAGAGGAUGCUUUGAGAUCCGUUUCCACGAGGUUCUUGGAAGAAUUAGAAGAUCUACCGAAUGAAUAUAAACCGUCAGCUUCUCUGUUCAUGUCGUACGUUCACACUAGCGUCGAUGACAUUUCCUCGCUUUAUUUACAAAAUGAAAGAAGAUACAACUACACGACACCGAAGACGUUCUUGGAGCAAAUUUCUUUGUACUCGAAGUUGCUCGUAGAAAGAACCUACGACGUAAAAGCAAUGAUAGAAAGAUUGAAAAACGGUUUGGAGAAACUAGAAUCUUGUGCUGUUCAAGUCAGCGAACUAAGAGUUGUAUUAGCAGCGCAAGAAAUCGAAUUGAAGAAGAAGAAUGAAAUAGCGGAUAAAAUUCUUGCGGAAGUUCGAGCAGAGAAUACUAAAGCGGAAGCGGAGAAAGCUAUCGUGUCUGAAGAAGAGGCGAAGGUAGCAGAAAUAAAGGAAGCAGUAGCAGAAAAACAAAGAAGAUGCGAUGAAGAUUUAGCAAGAGCGGAGCCUGCAGUUCGACAAGCUGAAGCUGCUCUUGACACAUUAAAUAAAAGCAACUUAACGGAAUUAAAAUCCUUUGCAACUCCACCGGAACAAGUGGCACUGGUAUUACAAGCUGUUUUAGUUUUAUUUUCUCCCAGGGGCCAAAUUUCAAAAGACAGAAGUUGGAAAGCGUGUAAAUCGAUGAUGGGACAUAUUGAUAAUUUUCUCUCGCAACUUCGAGAUUACGACAAAGAGAAUAUUCACCCUGAAGUGGUCAAAGCUAUUCAACCUUAUAUCAACCAUAAAGAUUUUGACCCAGAAGUUAUUUACUCAAAAUCGCAUGCUGCUGCAGGUCUUUGCAGCUGGGUGAGAAAUAUAAUGGUUUUUCAUUACAUUAAUGAAACAGUAAAACCAUUGAGAGUUGCACUAACACAAGCAAAUAUGGAACUGAAAGCUGCUAUGGAUCACUUGAAUGCUUUGAGAACGCGAUUAGCAGAAUUGCAAAAAGUGCUCGACAUUUUAGGAGGAAGAAUGAAUGCAGCACUAGCUGAGAAACAAAAAUGUCAGGAUGAAGCUGAUGCUACUGCUACAACAAUUGAUCUUGCAAAUAGAUUAGUAAAUGGUUUAGCGUCUGAAAAAAUUCGAUGGACUGAGGAAGUAAAAAUGUUGAUAAAUUCGUGUGUGACAGUACCAGGUGAUGUGCUUAUUGUAACAGCAUUUUUAUCAUACAUGGGAUGUUUCACUCGAAAAUAUAGAUCCGACUUAAUGUACGAAAAUUGGCUACCGUUUUUAGAGGGCUUGGAAUUAAAAAUACCAAGGACUCCUGAUUUAGAUAUUCUAUCUUUAUUGACAGACGAUGCACAAAUUGCACAAUGGAACAAUGAAGGUUUACCAACAGACAGAAUGUCCUCAGAAAAUGCAACAAUUUUAAUGAAUUCAACAAGAUGGCCUCUAAUGAUAGAUCCACAAUUACAAGGAAUAAAAUGGAUAAAAAAUCGAUAUGGCGAAGAAUUGCAAGUGCUGAGGCUUACUCAACCAAAUUAUUUGCAUUUGAUUGAAAUUUCCAUCGCUAAUGGUGGGAUUGUUUUAAUUGAAAAUAUUAUGGAAACUAUUGACCCAGUCUUAGAUCCUGUUAUAAAAAGAGAUUUAAUAAAAAAAGGGAAGGCGAUAAAAAUUUGGGAUAAAGAAGUAGAUUACGAUCCUCAUUUUCGGCUGAUUAUACAAACGAAAUUAGCUAAUCCUCAUUAUAAGCCUGAAAUACAAGCCCAAACCACUCUCAUCAACUUUACCGUAACAAAAGAUGGUUUGGAGGAACAACUUCUAGGAGACGUUGUAAAAGCCGAAAGACCUGAUUUAGAAUCGAAAAAAGCCGAAUUAACUACUCAACAAAAUACCUUUAAAAUUACCUUGAAAAAAUUGGAAGAUGAUCUUCUGCAUAGAUUAUCGGCCGCUGGACCAGACAUUUUAAGCGAUGUCGAUCUGGUAAUCAAUCUCGAAACCACAAAGAAAACUGCCGCGGAAAUAGAGAUAAAAGUAGCUGAAGCUAGAGUGACUGCAGUAAAGAUAGACGAAGCUCGAGAAAUUUAUCGUUCUGUCGCGGCACGGGCCAGCCUUUUAUACUUUGUUUUGAACGAUUUGAACAAGAUAAAUAUGCUUUAUCAAUUUUCUCUGAAAGCUUUCAGCGUUGUCUUCCAGAACGCAAUUAAAUUUGCAGAAGCUUCGGAGAAUAUAACGAAACGUGUAGCUGUAUUAAUCGAUAGCAUCACCUAUCUAGUUUUCAUUUAUACAAGCAGAGGAUUAUUUAAAGCUGAUAAAUUAACUUUUCUCUGCCAAAUGACUAUUCAGAUUUUUAUGGAAACGCAUGAGAUCACACAAUCGGAACUUGAUUUCCUAUUGCGAUUCCCAUACAUUUCCGACUUAGUCAGUCCUGUGGACUUUUUAACAGACGUCGGUUGGGGCGGCAUCAAAUAUCUAAGCCAAAUAGAAGAUUUUCAGAAUCUGGAGAAAGAUAUAGAGGGUGCUGCGAAACGGUGGAAAAAAUUUGUUGAAUCAGAAACGCCGGAACGAGAAACUUUCCCACAGGAUUGGAAAAAUAAAACUGCUCUGCAGAGAUUAUGCAUUAUGAGAUGUCUUAGACUGGAUCGUAUGACUUAUGCGAUUAGAUGCUUCGUCGAAGAAAAGCUUGGUUCAAAAUUCAUUGAGUCGAGAUCUCCACCUUUUCAUAAAUCCUUCGAAGAAACGAGUUCGAUCACGCCUGUAUUUUUCAUCCUCUCCCCCGGUGUUGAUCCUCUAAAAGAUGUAGAAAAAUUGGGAAAGCAGUUGGGUUUCACUUUCGAAGGAAGAAAUUUCCAUAAUGUGUCAUUGGGCCAAGGUCAAGAAUCCGUGGCCGAAGAAGCUAUAGAACUUUCAGCGAACGAAGGUCACUGGGUAAUUUUGCAAAAUGUCCAUCUAGUCAGAAAAUGGUUACCCACGUUAGAAAAAAAAAUGGAACAAUGCGCGGAGAAUCCACAUGAUGAUUACCGAUUAUUCAUCAGUGCUGAGCCUACUCCUGAUCCUCACGAGUCAAUAAUACCUCAGGGUAUACUAGAAUCAGCCAUAAAGAUCACAAAUGAACCACCAUCGGGAAUCCAAGCGAAUAUCCACAAAGCGUUAGAUAACUUCACUCAGGAAACUCUAGAAUCCUGCAGUAAGGAAACCGAAUUCAAAGCUAUAUUGUUUGCGCUCUGUUAUUAUCAUGCUGUAGUUGCAGAACGUAGAAAAUUUGGGGCGCAAGGAUGGAAUAGGUCCUAUCCAUUCAACUUCGGUGAUUUGACUAUCAGCGUUUCCGUACUAUUUAAUUAUUUGGAAAAUAGUAUCAAAGUACCUUGGGAAGAUCUUCGUUAUUUGUUUGGAGAAAUAAUGUACGGAGGUCACAUAACAGAUGAUUGGGAUAGAAGACUCUGCAGGACAUAUUUAACAGAAUAUUUAAAACCUGAAUUAGUUGAAGGUGAAUUAUAUCUUGCACCAGACUUUUUGGUGCCACCAAAUAGUGAUUAUGAUGCAUAUCAUCAAUACGUUGAUAACUACUUACCUGCUGAAAGUCCUGUUCUUUACGGGCUUCAUCCUAAUGCAGAAAUUGGAUUCUUAACACAGACUGUAGAAAAUUUAUUCAAAACAUUACUGGGUAUGCUAACAAGAACUGCUAGCGAUACAACAAUUGGAGAAAUUUCAACAGAAGACAAAAUAAGGGGAUUGAUAGAAGAUUUAUUGGACAAGUUACCAGAAGACUUUAAUAUGCAAGAACUUUACACCAAGGUGGAAGAUCGUACACCAUUUGUGACAGUUGCUUUACAAGAAUGUGAACGAAUGAAUCUAUUGUGUGAAGAACUUCGAAGAUCUUUACAAGAAUUGGAAUUAGGCUUGACAGGAGAAUUAACUAUCAAUGCUGAGAUGGAAGAGUUAGAAAAUUGUAUACUGAUGGAUAUUGUUCCAAUAUCUUGGACAAAAAGAGCUUAUCCUUCGGAAUUAGGAUUAAACAGUUGGUUUGCGGAUUUGUUGAAUCGAAUAACUGAAUUAUCUAAUUGGACUUCCGAUUUCAAUUUACCACCAUCGGUAUGGCUAGGUGGUUUCUUCAAUCCUCAAUCAUUUCUAACUGCAAUUAUGCAACAAACUGCACGCAAAAAUGAAUGGCCACUGGACAAAAUGUGUUUAUAUUGCGAAGUAUUGAGAAAAUACAAAGAAGAAAUCACAUCAGCGCCAAGAGAAGGCGCAUAUAUAAACGGAUUAUACAUGGAAGGUGCACGAUGGGAUAUGCAAGCAGGAUGUAUUAUGGACUCUCGAUUUAAAGAAUUGUUUCCAUUAUUACCAGUAAUAUAUAUUAGAGCGAUUACACAGGACAAACAAGAUUUAAAAAAUAUGUAUGAAUGUCCUGUAUACAAAACACGAUCACGAGGGCCUACUUACGUAUGGACGUUCAAUUUGAGAACUAAGGAAAAGUCUAGUAAGUGGAUUCUUGGUGGAGUGGCAAUUUUAUUACAAAUCUAA